UUAGCGGCACCUUUCGCGUUUUCGAGUCGUGCUUUCCCUCUCAGGAGGCCGCUCUCCCAGCGAUGUCUGAGUGUCAGCACCAUGGUGCGAUUGACGCUUACGCGCCUGCUGUGCACUGCCAUCUUCUCAUGCAUUUUCCUGCUGCUUGUCCCAGUCUCAAACCUCCUCCACCGCGAGCGAGGGUUUGACGUCUUGCUCGAUCGCCCGCCCGAGCCCUCCGAUGCGCCUUCCCCCGAGGUAUCUUUUGGCCAAGAAUGUGCGCCCUUCGUUGCCGGUGGGAUGCAACGUCUCACCGUCAUCAUGAAGCUCGGCGCCACCGACGUAGUUUCCAAGCUUCCUGCCCAUUGGCAUCAUCUGGCGCGCUGCAAGCCCGAUCUUCUCUUCUUCUCCGACCGCAAAGCUGCGUACAAUGGCUUCGAUAUCGUAGACGCUCUGGGCAGUCUUCGUCCAGAGUACAAAUAUCACAAUCCUGACUUCAAUGUCUAUGAUAGGAUGCAGGACGCAAAUACAACCCAAGACCCUGAACACUGGAAGUUGGACAGGUAUAUGCUCCUGCCCAUGAUGGAGCUCACGUCGCACCUGAGGCCGGACUCACAAUGGUAUGUCUUUGUCGAGCUAGACACAUACUUUAAUUGGGACAAUCUGUAUCGGUUCCUCCUCUACUUUGACCACACAACGCCGUAUUAUUUUGGAUCUCCUGUAUGGCCUCGUACCAAGAAGCCUGUUUUCGCCCACGGAGGCAGUGGCAUUGUACUCUCGCGCGGUGCAAUGAGUAAACUAAUGGCGCGCGGCAGAAUGUUCGCCAGAAAUCAUUACUUCCCCGGUACUCAUCUGUUUGGGAAGGAUAUCUCGAAAGAGUGCCGCGGCUGGGACGAGAAGAUGCGGUGUGGCGACAAGAUUCUUGCCCAAGUGCUCAAAGACGCUGGCAUCCCUCUUCGCGGGUACUGGCCAAUGUUCAACGGCGAGAAGCAUAGCACAAUCCGCUUCGGACGAAAACAAUGGUGCGAAGCAGUCAUCUCUCUUUCGACCCUACAAGAAGACGACUUCACUGCCAUACAGCACUGGGAAUCCGCACGGUAUCGUCCCUCGCAGCCCCUCACUUUCGAAGAGCUCUUCUCCUACAUCGAACCCUCACUACGAGCCCCGAUCGAGGAUUGGUCCAAUAUGUCAGAAGAUAUUACAUACACGGGCGGGCCCGCUGGUCUAUCUUUGGAGUCUUGCAAAGCUGCAUGCUUGGAGACUAGGAGGUGUAUGCAGUUUGAGCACUUCGGCGACACUUGCAGACUGUCGCAUGAUAUACGCUUCGGACACCAGCAGCUUCCGGAGGGUAACAUAAAAUGGACAUCGGGCUGGGUAAUGGAGCGAAUUGGGGCGUUCAAGGCUGCACACCCGCCAUGCGAGGGUGCACACCUUGUCCACGCUUACCCUUGACCGAUUGCAACGAUGAUAAGAUGCACCAAGAAAACGAAAAGAUCUAUAAACACUCGACAGCACUGGAGCCUCGACAGCAGCGCGGAUCUCGUGGAAGAACUACGCCGAAAUGGCAUGUUUGGUUGGAUGUUGGAACGGUUCUCGCACUCUGUUGGAUGUCACAAUGUCCAGGAGAACGGCGACACGCCUCAACUUUCCC